UAGGAUCAACACGGCGAAAAAUGUGCGGAUGACAGGAUCUGUAGCGCAGCCCGGGGAGAAAUUUAACUGAUUAAUAAGGCAGACGGACAGUGAUUCCGCUGAGUGGAUCCUAGUCACUGAUUUCGUUUGUCUCAAGAGCGAUUUUCGACUGCACGACUUGCUGUAUACUACAUUCCUCCUGAAGAUGGAGUUUGGGGAAAGGAAAAGGAGAAGGAAGUCACAGAGCUUUAAACUGGUCACGGAUGAAGAUCUUGCUUCCUCAUAUAUGACAAAUUCCAACUGCAACAUUGUCAACGGAGAGCCAAAGGAUGCUGCUGUGCCUGAUGUUUGGCUGGGGGAUGAGAGUGUGGAGAUCAAAAGGCAAAUCACAGGAAUGAUGAGGCUUCUGAGUGAUAAAACCGGCAGGGUAUACCAGCGUGUGGCAGCAGAGCAGGACAGUUUAACAAAGGAGCCCCAGGAUAGGCAUCUGACAUGGGUACAUCAGCCAGCACCUUCAUCUUUUGUAUCAGAGGAGCACCAAGGCAGCAGCUGGAACUCUGCAGGGGACCCGGGGCCUUCACCUUCAUCCAUAUCCACCCCUAUCAGAACCAGUCCAGGCUGUGGCCAGUACAGCACCCGCUCCAAAGCCCUGAGGAUCCUCAACAGUAGCAAGGAAGUGAUCAAAGUGAAUGAAGCUAACGCAGAUGUAGUCCCUCCUGCUGUGCUCGAAGCCCCCUGCUGUAUGUGUAACUGUAAGGGCACCUUGCAGGCUAUUUUGCAGGAACUGCGUGCCAUGAGGAGGCUGAUGCAGACUCAAAAAGCAUCCUUGGAAAGAAAUGAACAUGCUGCAUCACCAUGCCAACCUCGCCUUGGUCCAGGCCCUGCUCCUCGCUGUAGGCCCCACAAGAAGAGGCCCAUCUAUAGAGUGGCACCAUUGACCGUGUCUAGGACAGUGGCCACUGCCCCUUUGGAGGCUUCACCACUUACAGCUACACCUGCACCUGCAGAAUCUGGAAAAAUGGAGGAAUGUGAGAAAAAGCAAAGCUCAGCUACACCCAACAGUCAUCCUGUCUCCUCUGACGUUUCUGUGCUGCCACUUCACAACAAUCCAGCAACUGUCAACAGCAGACACAAUCCUCUCCUGAAUCAGCUAAGGGAGCCUCAGUCAUUAGAGUCCGAGGUGCGUCUUGCAGAGGAUCAUGACGUAUUUAUCUCAAAGGCUCAGCUGGACUCCAUUCUGGUCAACUAUACACGCUCUGGCAGCCUGCUGUUCAGGAAACUGGUGUGUGCCUUCUUUGACGAUACCACCUUGGCCAACUCUUUGCCAAAUGGUAAAAGAAAGAGAGGGCUCAAUGAUAACCGUAAAGGUUUGGACCAGAACAUUGUAAGCGCCAUAAAAGUGUUUACAGAGAAAUACUGCACUGAACACAGAAUAGAGAAGUUGCCCGGGCCACGAGACUGGGUUCAGAUCCUUCAAGAUCAGAUCAAACUUGCCAGGAGGAGGCUGAAAAGAGAUGCUGCAGAAGCAGAAGAAGUCUUAAAUGGACCUUCCACAAGCUGUGACUAUAAAAAGCCUGCAGGUGUAGAGAGGACGGUGGUGAACAUGACUGGUUGAUUCAAGGGCUGCCACAAUGGCCUGACAGCACAUUUUUUGAUUGUUGAUGCAUUUUGCCACUUUAGAUAUUUCCUUUGCAGCUGUGAUCGGCUCUGUGUUAUGGAUGUGAAGGGGAAAAAACAAAAGGACCAAAUGAAGAAGAAGCCUGCUUAAUGAUAUCUCCUCUCUCUUCAUUUUUAAUUGGACAGAUGGGGUCUGGGAUUUUAUGCCAACAGUCACUGAACUAUACAGUGGUUUAAAAAAAGAAAAUCUCAGAUCAUUUUGGUGUUUAGAAGAGACUUACUGUUUACAUUAGUAUAAAGCUACAGCUUUAAUAUGCCUUGUCGUCAUAUGUCAUUACUAGAAAUCACAUGUCUGAAAUGGACAAUUUUGCACAAAUUACUUUUUACAGAAAGUUUUCCAUUGUGGAUUGUGCCUUUUAAGUGACAAGUAUUUCAAUGGGUGUAAUGUACAGUGCAGCGUCAACCUUAAUUACAAACAGGUCUACAUCCUGAAGUAAAUAUUUGAUGUAACUUUUUGGCCAAUCUUGCAAAUUAAAAAUAUGUUGAUAGGCUACAACUGGCUGCAAAUAUAAAACUUUUUCCCAACAGUAUUAGAACAUCUAGGCUAUGCCUAUAUGUAUUGUGCUAUUGUUGUUAUAUUGUGAUGGAAUUACACAUUUCUUGAAUUUUUCGCUCACUGUG